CUUACGUUACGUUACUCAGUGUGCGUCUGACCGCCCGCGUGUGUGGAGGUGAUAGCGCGCUCUCCGUCUACCUUACCUGUAAUGCAAUAAUAACGACUUUUCAGGUUAUUAUCUCGAUGCAUUGACGUAAUAAUAAUAAGUGACCCCUCAAAAAAAACCUUCGACUGGAAACUUAUACAAAAAAGAAAGAAAAAAAACAGUAAAAUAUUCUUGGUUUGUGAGGUAGUUAGUUACAUGUGUUGAUAGUGCAGUGAGAGGUGCCAGGGGUGAGUGCCGAGGUCAUGAGGGUGUUAGUGCCACCAUGACCUACUACUACUACUGCUGCUAACACAUAAUGGAACGACGACUGAAGCUGAAGUCAUUGAAGCGGGUCAACAGUCAAAAGGUUCAGGGAUCAGAGAAGCGGGAUGUUGGUCUCCGCUCCCCGGGGUCAGCCAAGAAGCCCCUGGUUAAGUCCCUCUCGGUAGACUGGCGGCUCAACAUGAUCACUCCGCCGGACGUUUCUUCUCCCAGUCUACACAGGAUCGACGAGCUGGACCUGAGCUCCAGCCAACACCUGUGUCGCAGCGCCACCUGCCCCAGUGUGCCCACCAGCGACCACCUCCACCCCCACGGCUCCCCCUUCGUCAGUAUCCCUCCCCCAGAGUCUGUCAAGAGCUCCCCCGGCACCACGUCCAUGGGUUCACGUGGGAGGGGUGUGGGCACGUCCCUGGUGAGGUCCCAUGAGGACCCGGGGCCCACCAUACCCGGGGGUGAGAGGAGGCCCCACCGGGGUCUGCGCCGUACCCGGUCACGACCUGAGGGCCCAGCACCCUCGUUUGGGCCCCGUGCCGCCGCUGCCGCCGUCGCUGUGGAGUCUGGUGGCAGUGUGGGGGCCAGUGUGGGCGGCACCAUCAAGAGAUACGUCAGUCUGUUGAGGAGUCGCUCGGCUGUCUCUCACCGCGAGCGGCCCAACAUCGGCCGCAUCAGUCCAGGUAAGGGAUCGUGCAAGAUGUUGUUCUCAGGUGAGUGUUAUGGCUACAUCACCUGA